AUGGAUGACGAUGAAGAUGAAUUUGAUACAAGUUAUUACUAUGACAACAACGAUGACCUUGACCUUGAGAAACCUAAGAAAAGCGAUGACCCUGAAUAUUUUGAAUAUGAAUUACUGAAGAUUGAAGACGUUGAGCGGAUGCUGAAUGAGGAAGUGGAAGCUUUGUGUACAUCUUUAAAGAUUGCACCAUCAUUAGCCAAGAUGUUGUUACAUGCCCACGGCUGGCGGAGGUCUCAAAUUAUAGAAAGGCAUCAAAUGAAUGCAGAGAAAUUUUUAGUAGAAUCCAGAAUAGUUGCUGAUAAAAAGAACAUAUCUCAGGUACAAUUUAUAUUUUCCUAUGGGGGAGGGGACAGACCAGGUUGUUUUUUAUUACAGGAAGUGAUCACUGGUACCACACAUACAUGUUCUAUUUGUGUUCGUGAACUCUCUAAAUCAGAAUUCCAAUCUCUUUCCUGUCACCAUAUAUUCUGCAAUGAAUGCUGGGACAUGCAUUUUGGUAUUCAAAUUAGUAAAGGCUUAACUACAGGUAUAGAAUGUAUGGGUUCAGACUGUAAAUUAUUAGUACCAGAAGACUUUAUCUGUAGUAUUUUAAAAGAUCCAUCAUCUCGAGAAAAAUAUUUUAAAUUUUCCUUUUCUGAUUUAAUUGAUAGUCAUUCUCAAUUACGAUUUUGUCCAGGUCCAAAUUGUUCUAUUGUUGUUAGAGCUAAAGAACCCAAAUCAAAACGAGUUGAAUGCAAAUCUUGUAAAUCCACAUUUUGUUUUCGAUGUGGUAUAGAUUAUCAUGCCCCAACUGAUUGUGAUACCAUCAAGAAAUGGUUAAUGAAAUGUGCCGAUGAUUCCGAGACGGCUAACUAUAUCAGUGCUAAUACAAAAGAUUGUCCGAAGUGCCAUGUUUGUAUUGAAAAAAAUGGUGGAUGCAAUCACAUGCAAUGUUCAAAAUGUAAAUCUGAUUUUUGUUGGAUGUGUUUAGGAGAAUGGAAGACCCAUGGUAGUGAAUACUAUGAAUGUAGUCGGUUUAAAGAAAAUCCUAACAUUGCAAAUGAAUCAGUCCAUGUCCAGGCUAGAGAGGCAUUAAAAAAAUAUUUAUUUUACUAUGAAAGGUGGGAGAACCAUGCUAAGAGUUUAACUCUAGAAGAACAAACAUUAAAGAAUAUUACAACUAGAAUAGAAGAGAAGGUCAUGAACAAUGAAGGAACUUGGAUAGCGUGGCAAUAUCUACUCAAGGCUGCUGAUCUACUCAAAAAGUGUCGUUAUUCCUUACAAUAUACAUAUCCUUACGCUUAUUAUCUAGAUAGAGGUGGUAGAAAGGAACUGUUUGAGUACCAACAAGCUCAGUUAGAGGCUGAAGUAGAGAAUUUAUCCUGGAAGGUAGAACGGGCAGAAAUAUCAGAUACUGGGGAAUUAGAAAAUUUGAUGGAUAUAGCAGAGAAACGACGACUAACUUUAUUAAAAGAUUUUUUAGAAGUUUAA